AUCGAACGUGAAUUGUCUUGUCUUGUCUGUAAUUUCAUAUAGUUCUAUUUUAUCUAAGAAUUUCAGAGAAUUCUCAAGCGUAUAAUGUGAUGUUUCUCGAUCAAAAAUGGGUCUCAAGAUCUGGUCUGAAUCAGAUCCUUUCCCAGGUAAAUACCCGGUUAUACCUCAAGAGAUAUACAAACUCUUCCACAGUAAACAUAUAGACAUAACACUUGAAAAUAUCAAGAUGAAACAACAUGAAUACUUCGACAAAUAUCGAAGAGCUGACUAUAACUUGGUAAUGUUCAACUUCAUCGAACGACUUUUAUCGAAUGACAUUUCGUCGCAUGAAUCUUCCUAGAUAACUGAACGAUAACCAUAAAGUAAAUAGACGCACAAGAAUAACUGAAAAAGUACUAUGAAUAAGGGUCGAAUUUUUCGACGGUGGCGUCUCAAAAUUCGGCUUACAUCUCUAUGCACACAUAUCAUACUGUUUGUUAUGCUCAAAAGCAAGACAUUCUAUCGCUGUCAUUUUUUUUAGUCUAUUGCUUUCAUUUUUUAAUUAUAAUACUACUAAUAAUAGUAAUAAUCGUAAUAAUAAUAAUAAUUUCAUUAUAAGUAUGGCUAGUUUUUUAUCAACUACUAAAGGCAAACGUUUACUGCGUUUUAAUGGUUAUGAAUAUGUAACUGAAAAAAAAUCCGGAGAAAAAACAUAUUGGAAAUGUAAAGAUUAUUGGUCAAAAAAAUAUAACUUUCGUAUUCAUACAUUAAAUAUUGAUGAUUCUAUUGUUCAACAACCAAAAUUCGACCAUGAUCAUCCUGUAGAUGCUGCCAAAAGUGAGGUUCGCGAUUUGAUGAAUAAUUUAAAAGACAGAGCGAAAACAACUAAUGAGACUACUAAUGAUAUAUUAUCAACUUUUAUGACUGCACCUGAACCACUUGAUCUAUAUUUUGAUCGUAUACCAUAUAAUUUAAUUAUAACAAAACGCAAUGACAAUUUUUUAUGUUUCCAUUCCGGACCUGGUGCUGAUCGUAUUAUAAUAUUUUCCAGUCCUGCUCAACAGAAAAUUAUGGGUUUAGCAAUAUUACCAAUUUGUUUUGUUCUAUUACCAAAUAAGACACAAAUUACUUAUCAACAAAUGAUAAAUCAGAUUUCAAUCAUAUGUCCCUUGUGGUUGCCGCAAACAGUUAUGAUGGAUUUUGAAAAAGAACCAAUUAAUGUAUUAGGUGACGCAUUUCCAAAUAUUCAAAUGACCGGCUGUUUUUUUCAUUUUCGUCAAACUAUUCAUCGCAAAAUCCAAGAAUUAGGAAUGCAAAACGAUUAUAAUACAAAUGCUAGAUUUGCUCGUCAAGCACGUAUGACUGCUUGUUUAGCUUUGAUACCAGUUGAUGAUGUUGUAGAUGCAUUUGGAGAACUAUCUGAUGAAUUACCAUUAGCAUUUAAACCAUUAUUAUUAUAUUUCCAACAACAUAUAUUGGCCGUACACGUCCUUAUGGUAGAGCUACACGGCUACUUGCGACACAUCGGUGCAGACCUGUUGCAAGAUGAAAGAGAAGAAUAUGCAAGCUUGUAA